AUGACUAUCUUAAAAUCUCUUACUUCCAUGGGCAACGUGUCUGCCACUUCAAUGUCAAAGAGCGCCGUUGUUGGUAACUUUGGUGGAGCUUCUGGCCAGGGUGCCAAUGGAGUUGCCUGCGGUGGAUGUGGAGGUGGUGGCAUUGGUAUUGGUCUUGAUAUCGAUGUUGAUGUCAACCUCAACCUCAAUGGAUUGCUGGGAGGUGUCCUCGGACUUGUUGGCGGUCUCCUCGGAGGUGGAUGCCAUCGUUGUUAA